UUCUCUGGUUCUCGUCUUUUCUCCCAAUCGGCAGCAAUGGAGACGCCCUCGAUCCCUGCGGCGGCUGAGUUUGAUCCGGAGGCUGAGUUCAUAGCAUCAAAGCGUAAGACAGGAAACGAAUGGGAGCUUUACAAGGAGAAUGUGAAGCCUCUUAAGCGUGGCCGCAAAGUCGAAAUCCUCAACGAUGCCCUACAAUCGCAAACCAACAAUGCCGCGAGAAAAGAUCUUCUACAGACUCGAAGGCGGAUGAUCGACGCGAUUGAUGAGUAUAAGGGGGAGGAUCAUCUACAGCCGUGGAUCGACUGCAUUAAAUGGGUUCAAGAAUCAUUCCCAACGGGAGGAGACUGUUCGGGUUUGGUUGUGAUUUAUGAACAAUGUGUGCGCACGUUUUGGCAUGAUGAGCGCUACAAGGAUGACAAGCGUUAUCUUAAAGUUUGGCUAGAAUACGCAGAGAAUUGCAUGGAUGCUGAAGUGAUCUUCCAGUUUCUUCGGACUAACCAAAUUGGUCAAAGUUAUUCAGCAUUCUAUGUAGCAUAUGCCCUGCACAUGGAAUACAAGAAAAAAUUACAUACAGCCGAUGAAAUUUUUAAUCUUGGUAUUGCUAGGAAGGCAACACCGCUAGAGAAGUUAGAAGCUGAAUACAGAAAGUUUCUUGGACGGUCAAUGGCGAGGAAGAAGAAAGCAGAAGAUGCUUUGAUUGAUAAUCACUUACAAGCUCGAUCUUUUGGAACUAUUUUGGCUGACGGUGGAGCUGGUAGACUACCUGUAAAGAAUGCUGAAAUUGAAAAAAAAAGUAGGAAGCCACUCGAAAGGAUCGAUAACGGUAAAUCCAUAUUAAUCUAUUCUGAUGAAAGCACAGGAGCAAGUCUUUCCUCUGUGAAAUCAUCUGCAAAUGAUCCAUCUUGGCAAUCCCUUGGAAGCAGAUUCAGUCGAAACAAGGAAAAUAUUUCUCUUCCAACGAAAUGGACAUCUUAUAAGGUUCCACAGAAGAUUGGUGUUAGGACUGAAUCAGCAAAAUUAAGUACUCCUAUUGAGGUUUUUGUCGACAACGACUCUAAAUUUGAACCUUUGACGAAUGCUGAAGAUGAUACACCUGCUGCAUUACAACUCCGAAACGCAAAUAAAAUGAACCUUAAGAAGGAAACUGAGUUGUUGAAGGAGAACCCUUUGCGCUAUUUUCCUCUGUGUACUCUCAGAUAAAAUGGCUCAAAGUUUUCACCACUGGUGAAUUUUUGUAUUACCCUUUGUUGCUAUUUUUUUUUUCCAAUGGAGAAAAAGGAUUUAUGGGAUUAAGACUAGUUGUUGUUGUUGUUGUUUUACAAUCUUUCUUCGUGUUUUCGAGUGCCAAUGAAAUUAAUCCUUGAUCAA